CUUGGUCUCUCUCCACUCUGCAACUCUUCAACUCUCCUCCUCCUCCUCCUCCUCCUCCUCCUCCAAAUGGUCCAAUUCCACGAGCACAUAAUCACAGAGCUCCUCGACGACCCACAAAACGGCAGCGGUUUGGUCAUAGUCUCCUCAGGCCUCUGCCUCCCCAAACUCAUCUCCACCCUCCUCCUCCUCCACACACCUUCUCAGGGCACCCUCCUCAUCCUCUCUCCGCACCAACCUUCUUUCAAAUCUCAACUCCUCCACCAUUUCCACCCAAGCCCAAUUCCCGAAAUCUCAGCAGACCUCCCCUCCCACCAUCGCCACUCUCUCUACACCUCCUCCAAUGUCUUCUUCAUCACCCCUCGCAUCCUCAUCGUUGACCUCCUCACCAAAAAACUACCCACCUCCCAAAUCGCCGGCCUCAUCAUUCCCACUGUUCAUUCCCUCACUGAAACCUCCACUGAGGCUUUUAUUGUCAGGAUCUUCCGCUCUCUCAACAAAACCGCCUUUGUUCGCGCGUUUUCUGACAAACCCCACUCCAUGGUUUCUGGGUUUGCCAAGGCUGAGAGGAUUAUGAAGUGCUUGUACAUCAGGAAGAUGCACCUUUGGCCGAGGUUUCAUGUUGAUGUGUCGCAGGAGUUGGAGAGGGACGCUCCAGAGGUUGUGGAUAUAAGGGUGCCAAUGACCAAACACAUGGUGGGCAUUCAGAAGGCGAUUAUUGAGGUCAUGGAUGCUUGUUUGAAGGAGAUGAGGAAGACCAAUAAGGUUGAUGUGGAAGACUUGACUCUGGAGAAUGGGUUGUUUAAGUCGUUUGAUGAGAUUGUGAGGAGGCAAUUGGAUCCCAUUUGGCAUACCUUGGGGAAGAAGACUAAGCAGCUUGUGUCUGACUUGAAGACCCUCAGGAAGCUCUUGGAUUACCUUGUUAGAUAUGAUGCAGUAACUUAUUUGAAGUACUUGGAUACACUGCGAGUGUCGGAGAGUUUUCGAUCGGUCUGGAUAUUUGCAGAGUCGAGCUAUAAGAUAUUUGAGUAUGCGAAGAAAAGGGUGUAUCGAUUUGUGACAUCAGAUGGUGUGAUGUUGAGUGAUAAGGGUAAGAGUUCGAAAGGCAAGAAAAGAAAACUGACGGGGGAUGAUGAUAAGGAGCAAGCAGUUGGUGGCACUUCAUCGACCAGUACAAGUAGUGGGGUAGUUUUAGAUGAAGUUUUAGAGGAGGCACCAAAGUGGAAGGUCUUACGUGAGGUUCUUGAAGAGAUAGAAGAGGAAAGAAAACAGGCUUUUCCAAGAGGAGAACAUCUGGUUGAAGAAGAUGAUGAUGAUAGUGGCAUUGUUCUAGUGGCAUGCAAAGAUGAACGCUCAUGCAUGCAGCUUGAAGAUUUCAUUACCAAUGGCCCACAUAAGGUCAUGCGGGAUGAAUGGGAAAACUACUUGCUGGGCAAAGGAGAGCUGCGUGACUUGCAUACACGGUUUAAAAAGAAACCAAAAAAGCCCAAAGGUUUUGGGAUUCUAGAUGGAGUUGUUCAUGCACCAACCCCACAGAAUGCAGAAGCUAGUAGCAUAAACAAGCAGGAAAAUGAUGCACUUUUGGCUGCAGCUGCUGAAAUUAGAAAGCGGGCUAAAAAAGAUGAUGCUGUUGGAGAUGAUCCUCAGCUUCCUGUUAGUGGGAGAGGACGUGGAAAGGGAACAGUAGUUGCUAUAAAACCCCCACAGAAUGCUGAAGCUAGCAGCGGAAACAAGCAGGAACAUGAUGUGCUUUUGGCUUCAGUGUCAGAAAUUAGAAAGCAAGCUAAAAAAAAUGAGGCUGUUGGAGAUGAUCCUCCUCUUCGUGGCAGAGGGCGUGGAAAGGGUAGGGGAAAAGUAAGGAAUAAAAAAGGCCCAGCCAAUGUUAAGAGUUCGGGGAAUAAUGACGAUAAUAAUGAUAAAAAAGAAGCAAUAUUGGAUAAGCUUGUUAUAUCUGAUUCAGAAAAUGAAGGGCAAGCAGAUCAACUCAAUCAGGUGGUGACAGCUGAUUCUAGUGAAGCAACAUGCCAGGGUCACACUGUAGAUCAAGGGGUAUUGAGGAAGCAUACUGGAGAAGCUGAUUCUACUGUAUCCAGAAAUGCUAAGCCACUACCUCCGGUGCACUUUUACGCUCUAGAAAGUGGUCAACCCAUACUUGACAUUCUGAGACCCUCUACAAUUAUUGUUUACCAUCCAGAUAUGAGUUUUGUCAGGGAAAUUGAAGUCCAUAAAGCCGAGAACCCCUCAAUGAAGCUGAAAGUUUAUUUUCUUUUCUAUGAAGAAUCUUCUGAGGUGCAAAAGUUUGAGGCAAGCAUAAGAAGGGAGAAUGCAGCAUUUGAAUCUUUGAUCAGGCAGAAGUCACUGAUGAUGAUACCAGUUGAUCAGGAUGGGAACUGCCUGGGAUUGAAUUCUUCCCUAGAACCUCAAACUAUGUCAUCCCAAAACUCUGUAACCAGAAAGGCGGGGGGAAGAAAGGAGGUUGAGAAGGAAAUGCAGGUCAUAGUGGACAUGAGGGAGUUCAUGAGCAGCCUUCCCAAUGUUCUCCACCAGAAAGGCAUGCGCAUAAUACCCGUGACGUUGGAAGUUGGGGAUUAUAUCCUUUCUCCACUAAUAUGUGUGGAGAGAAAGAGUAUCCAAGAUCUUUUUAUGAGUUUCACAUCUGGUCGUCUUUAUCACCAAGUGGAAACAAUGGUUCGCUACUAUAGAAUACCUGUUCUCCUGAUUGAAUUUUCACAGGAUAAAAGCUUCUCAUUUCAGUCUGCAAGUGAUAUUGGUGAUGAUGUCACACCAAAUAGUAUUAUAUCUAAGCUGUCAUUGCUUGCUCUACACUUCCCCCGGCUGCGAAUCAUCUGGUCUCGCAGUCUGCAUGCUACUGCUGAAAUAUUUGCUACUCUUAAGGCAAAUCAGGAUGAACCUGAUGAAACCAAAGCAAUGAGAGUGGGUGUACCCUCCGAAGAUGGAAUUGUGGAAGAUGAUGUGAGGGCUGAAAAUUACAAUACAUCUGCUGUGGAGUUCUUGAGACGACUUCCGGGGGUGACAGAUUCGAAUUACAGGGCCAUAAUGGACGGAUGUAAGAGCUUGGCAGAACUCGCUCUUAUGCCUGUGGAGAGGCUAGCCGAAUUGAUGGGUGGUCAAAAAGCUGCUCGCACUCUCAGAGACUUCCUUGAUGCCAAGUAUCCAACCCUGCUAUGAAGAUUAGUAGUAGCAUAAUUAUACCUAUAUAAUUUAUUCAUUGGUGGUAUUGUUACAAUGAUUGAUUACUUUCCUCCCGGAUGAUCUUGUCAUUUGAAAAUUGUUGUUGUGUUGAAGGGCUUCUUUUGGCCAUCUCAUUUUUCUUUUAGUCGAAGUCAUUGUAAUUUGGCAAUUCAUUGUUUGAUUAGUCAUACGUAUAGGAUAUUUCAUUACUGUAAAUAUUUGAUUUAUCUAAGUUGAUACCUUUUCUGGCAUCAUCGCUAUUUUUAGAAUUUCGAGUGUGGUCUUGGUGGAAGAUUCUAAC